UCUCACUUGAAUUUUCACGCAAGAUGUAUUGUGAUGGCUCGAUUGUUAACAAAAAUAAGGAACGCUUCACGAAUUUGCGUGUCAUCCUUGCGCCUACUGGAGAUGGCUCUUCUCUGUUUCACUAAAUCUCUUGUUUCAGUAUUUGCUCAGCCCCUCCCCUCGGGUAGUUACUCUCGGUGGGCGGUGACGUGUUUCAAUUUGCUCAAUCAUGUAGUCUCUGAUUGGCCGGCCGGCGACACACUCGACUCGCUCCCCCAGGCAGUAUAUUACACUUGUAGUAUAUUGUACACUUACAGUACACUUAGUAUAUUGUUUCCACCGUUCACCACAGACUUUGACCGAACGAAAUUGAGCACAUAAGCGACAUGGCCUCGCCAGAGUUCCGUUCUGAGGGCUCGUCCUCCAAGCUCACCCUAAGACUCAAGGAGGUUGCGGUCAGGCUGACCCGCCUGAACGAACACCAGCUCAGCAGCUGGGGCGCCAAGAACGUGGACACGGUGAGGGAGGAGGCGAAGGCUCGUGUGCAGUACACCUCAGCACGUGACAAGGAGCCAUCAGAGGUCGUCGCUCGAGCGGCCUCCUGGACUCCUGACGUCGGGCAAGAUGUGGAGGAUGUGGACACCACCAUCGAAGAGUUCCGUUCUGAGGGCUCGUCCUCCAAGCUCACCCUAAGACUCAAGGAGGUUGCGGUCAGGCUGACCCGCCUGAACGAACACCAGCUCAGCAGCUGGGGCGCCAAGAACGUGGACACGGUGAGGGAGGAGGCGAAGGCUCGUGUGCAGUACACCUCAGCACGUGACAAGGAGCCAUCAGAGGUCGUCGCUCGAGCGGCCUCCUGGACUCCUGCCGUCGGGCAAGAUGUGGAGGAUGUGGACACCACCAUCGAAGAGGUCAUCGAGAGAGUCCUCCAAGGGGCUCCCAAGGAGGGUCCCACCAGGGUCACCUUGUGCCGCAGGCACUCGGCCUCCAGAAAGGACUUGGUUGUGCUCAAAGAGCCGCAGGGGAGCGAGAGUGGCCGACCCGGGGACCCCUGCCAGUGGUGCCAUCAAGCCAGACACGUGUCCACUGGGCACGCGUUGUACAAGGAUGUGUUCUUCUGCUCCGUCAUGCGAGGACAGUCGGUGGAUCAGUGGCUGCGCAAGCAGCGUGGCGGCCAAGCGGAGGACACCAUCCCUCGGACGACGGAGUGGAACCUUGUACAGCGCCUCAAGAGGGAAGAAGCCCAGGAGGAGCGUGAUGGUGAUGACGAAGAGGCUCCACGGCGUAAAAAGAGCAAACCGUACAAACUGAGGAUCUGCCAACAAUGCGGCCAGCCAAAGCAGAAAGAUUACGGGCACUGUCAGUAUGGGGGACAGCAUUAUUGCGCGCUUUAUGGCUGCAAGACCGCCAGGCUGUGGCUGGCCGAAAAGCGACAGAGGAAGGCACCGUGAGGAAGGACGCGCAGUGGCGUUCUGAGUGUUUAUGUCGUUAGGAUAGGUGGAGUUGUGGUGUGUGUAGUGAUUCCUUCUCCAGAGGAGCAAACAUGAACUCCUGUUGAACUUUGGUGAAGGUAUAACUUCAACUCGGAGACAUCUCCUCGGGUUCCUCCCAUGCCUGUUGCAGCUCAGAGAUCUCGGACCCCCCCAGAUAAGGACCAUAAAUUGGUUGAAUGGUCGAAGGGGGGAGAGACCAGAGAACAUUCCAAGAGGGGUUUGAAGUAAACAGGAACCCAGACCAACUCAUGAACCCUGUUUGGUGGAGGACACACACAGCUCCCCCUUCUCCAGGUUCCAGAUGAACAAAGACAGACUUAUAUGUGAAGGUGUCUUAAGGUGUAUUUCUAAAAAAAGGACUUUUGUUUUCCACUUAACCCAUGGUUUCCACAGGAUGUUCCCGCAAACCAGAUGCCCUGAACAUGUGAUGUUAAACUUGACAUGAAUGGUUGAUUGUUAUAUUGAUCGUUAUAGAAGGUUAUGUGCUAGGAUGGUCAUGUUUGGUGUCGUUUGAAUGCUAAAAUUGAGAUGGGAAAGUUUUGACAGAUUGUGAGCAACUUUACAACUCAGGUAAUGUUUUAUUGUCAAAUGAAACUCUGGUAGUGGGAGAAUCCAGAUCUCCCAUCUGCAGACUGGAAUUUACGACAUUGUCAGGGGAGGAGGAGGAGGAUGGCUUGGAAACUAUCGUCCAAUCAGCAACAGGUGAUGGGACUCCUUCAACCAAUCAAAACUGGGCAAUGACACUCUUCAUGAGCGUUUAAAAGACCCGGUCAAAAGAACUUCGACAGUUCUAGUUCUUUUUCCUUUGACAAAGGUACGCUUCCGGUCCUACGCCUGAAGCCGCGUGUCCUCAUCACCUCCAAGUCACCUCGCUGAGAACCAGGACGCCUCCCUCCAAAGCCGCCUGCCUCCUCCCUCACCUCCUGACCGACCUUCUGCAUCUACUCAUCACCCUCUCAUCCAUCCAUCCCAUUCAUCCCUCCAGUCAUCGCCAAAGUAAGCCGCUGCUUGUCAUCUCUGCACAGAUUGGUGUGUUGGGGUUCUGUAAUAUCAUUACUUGCCUGAGGUUGACAGUUAGACUAGAACGUCUCAACUUUCCCAUCAGUUACAUACGCGUCUGAUGCAGUAUUGAUAUUGCUUCAUAACUGGUUUACGCUUCCAUCGCGAUAUUGUCGGGAUCAUCUCA